GAAACCGACCACAAGCUUAAUUGUCGAGAGUUGACGACGGCAGAGGAAGACAAGUUCUUCGAGUUGGGUUUGUUCGGAAAACACGACCCAGAAGUUCUUCAGAGGACCGUUUGGUGGGUUCUUUCUCUUCAUUUCGGCUUUCGAGCGCGUGACGAGUCGAGAAAACUAAAGUGGGGAAACGUAUCCAACAGUAAAGACCCCGAAACAGGCAGCGAAUUGUUGUUGUGGAAAGCUGAACGAGGUUCAAAGACCAGGCACGGCGACGGGCAACAGCGCAAGCAACCCACAACGAACGGUGUCCUGUUCAGUUAUAUCGUGCAUUUUCCCAGCAUCGACCAGAUGAAAUGA